UAUAAAGGGAAGCUUCAAGAAAGGAAGGAGUGCCCCAGUCCCGCGCACUCGAGAGGGGCUCAGUCCCAUCCUUAUCUCCGCUAGCCCCCUUUACUCUCUAGGCCAAACCAAAACCAAAACCAAAACCAAAGCAGGACGCAUCCGCAUUAUCCAUCGAUCGGGCCUUCGACACCUUGUCCUGUCUGUCCGCUGGUGGCGCCGGGCGCCGGUGACAACCGGCAGGGCAGCAAGCGUGGAUCAUCCGAGCGGAAGCGGAAGCGCUCCUCCCCCGGCUCCGGCGCACCGUCGCGACAACAGAGGUCCGGUGUCAUCGCCUCGUCCGCCGCCGCCGCCGGCGCAGCAACGAGGUGACCGCCAUCGCCAUGGAGGGCCUGCGGUCGUCGGGGAGGAGGCUGCCGGCGUUGCCGUUGCGACGACGAGCUACCACUACCAGCAGUACGAGCUCGCCGUCAUGGUGGCCGCGCUCACCCACGUCAUCAGCUCCACUCAACCGGCGGCCGUCGCCGGUGCAAGCACAACCGCGUCCGGGCAGCAAGUGACCCGCCAACACAGCGCUCCUCUGUCCGCGGCGGCGACAUCGUCGUCAUCAACGGCGUCGGAGCAGCAGCAGCAGCGUCCGCGGUACCGCGGCGUACGGCAGCGGCCGUGGGGCAAGUGGGCGGCGGAGAUCCGCGACCCCGUGAAGGCGGCGCGCGUAUGGCUGGGCACCUUCGACACGGCCGAGGACGCCGCACGCGCCUACGACGCCGCCGCGCUCCGCUUCAAGGGCGCCAAGGCCAAGCUCAACUUCCCUGCCGCCGGCCAUGCCAUCGGCCAGCUCCUGGCGGCCGGGGGCGGGACAUCGCCGUCGUUGCGGCAACAGCAGCGACCCGUGGUGGCCUUCCGUCCGCAGAUCAACGCCCCGGCAGCUGUUGCUGGGGAGGAGUUUCCGGACCUCCACCGGUAUGCGCACAUACUGCAGAGCGGUGACGUGGACCUGAGGACCGUUGCAGCCGGCGGGAUAACACCGGUGCAGUCGUCUUCGUCGACGCCGGCGCACGACUCUGGGUCGCCGCCGCGGCCGGAUGAUCGCCGACAUGGCGAGAGAAAUUCAGGCCCUGGCUGCUAACUGACUAGUACUCUUACUGAAUACGUGCUGAUCGGCGUGUACAUGACGAAAACAAGUUAUGUUUCUUUCAUCUUUUUCUUUGAAUAUUUUCCUAUUUAUUUUUG